AUGUCAGCCUUCGCAUCCUCAUCAUCGAUGCCAGGCAGCAUUUCCUCAUCCAGCUUAUCCCUCUCAGCCUACGCCCGAGGCUGUAAUGCACCCGACCUCGACCUCGCCACAACCUCUCUCUCUUCCACCUCUGUGACCAUUGUGCCACUCACAUCCGUCGACCGCGUCCGACUCCUCUCUGGCAUCUACGGGCCCUUUCGACCUCCCACCCCCGCCGUCGUUCCACUCUGGGUCGCUCUCCAUCUCAAAAAACGCAAAAAGGCCGUCGUUGUCCCUCCCACAUGGCUUACCCUCGACUCUCUGACCGAAACCCUCAAGCAGGAAACCACACAACCAGGAUUCUCCGAUCUGCCACAUUACUGGAUCGGCGUCUCUCAAACCCUCCUCGCGAACGCUGCAGAUGACGUUCCCAAUUCCAACCGCGUUCGGGCACUGCUUAAGGACAUCCGCGAAGCAAGACAAUCCAAGAUCCUAUCGGGUGUACCCAUGAUCAACUCGGUUCAUCUCCAAAUGCACAACAUUUCAGCUCAUGAGGUGGCAGAACUUCGCGGAUUCUUCUCAACCGCCUUCUCACAUCUUAAAGCUCUGCGGCCUCCAAGCGAAGUGGAAGCGGAGGCAAAAAUUCAAGGUGAACUAGAUUCGAGGAAUCGUUGGAUGUUGAUGCCUCCACUACCGACGCAUCUGGCGGCAGAUGAUAACUUCAGUGGAGGUGAUCUCGGAGGUCGGGAGUCUGUCACGCGAGGAUAUGACUCGGUUCAAGAUGAAUCGAUGAACACCAACUACACUCACGAGUCCAGCUACAACGCAGCCGGGUCUGGAGCAGGAGCACCGAGGAAGUCCCACAUCUCGGAUUCAGGAUACUACUCAGCGCCGAAUGCUGGUCGCUCCGCCUCACCACAACAGCCGCGCCAAGCACACUUUGAUUCAUCAGAUACCAAUCGUCCACCCAGGUUUGCAGUCGACGACGAAGACGAAUAG